CGCAAGGAGAAAACAAGAUCCCGGACCGUCAAGGACUAGCAGCCCCGGUGCGCACCGCGAACCACGGCCACAAAACCCCCUGAAUCCGCCACCCCGCUUCACAGCCGCAUAAAGAUGUACCACUCUGACCACGGUGUCGACCUUCCUGACCUCUCCUUCCAAAUCCCAGGCAGCCCUGCAGAGCUGGGGCUUGUAAAUAGUGUGUGAAGACAACCCCAUUACCCCUCUGGACCUCUACUCUGCCCUUCAGCCACACAAGGGCCUCUCUCUGUCUUCUUCUAUAGCUCCAAUCGCACUUUCUCUCCUGGACCAUGGACAGCCCUCCCAAGCUGUCUGGUGAGACCUUGAUCGUGCACCACAUCCCCCUGGUGCAUUGCCAGGUGUCAGGCCGGCAGGGCAGCUGUGGGAGCGCGCUGAAGAGGAGCAACCCCUUCAGCCCGCCGGAGAACCUUGGCUUGAGUCGCACCACAUCCCUUCCCGAGAGAGAUGUCUUGCAAAGGGAGGCUCUGCUCUACAGCAGCCUGAUCCAGACCUCCAGUGGCUCCUGGUCAUCCCGCACCGGAGGAAGAGAAGGGAAGGGCAGCGGGAGAGGAGGCAGCACAGCGAGUGACGAUUCAUCGUUCACCUCUAGUAAUUCGGAGGACCAGCUGAUGACAGCUCAUACGCUGCCCAGAGCCAAGAGUAGGAACAGAAAUCCGUUGCGCCAUAAUCCCUUCCUGCUCAAUACUGAGGAUGAUGAGGAUGAGGAAGAAGAGGACGAUGAUGGUGACAACCUCAGCGGUUACCUGGAGGAUUCCUCCUUUCACCUCCAUGGUGACACAAACCCCGCCCUUGAUGACGGCAUAGCCCCUUUCCACCUGCAUGAUCUGGGGUUUGCUCCUGAGCCCUUCCUUUUGCAUGGCACUCUGGAAAAACCCUGGGGAUCAGUGGGAGGAGGUAGUCGGGAGUCUCUCAGGGGUGUGGUCUCGGAUCUCUCCAACCACCUGGAUGAUUUAGACCUCCUGGGACUGGACAGCCAGCGCCGCCACGGCAGCAGCGGUUCCAAUAUGUCCAUGGACUGCGGAGAGCAAGACUGGGGGGAUGAUGAUGAAGAAGACGAAGAUCACCCCAUGCGGUGCGGGCGGAGCAGCAAGACAGGUUCCUCCUCCUCAAGCUCCUCAGCCCAGCGCUGCUCCUGCUGUGGACUCUCCCAGAACUACCCACAGCACUUUCCCGAGGCCUUCUCAGAGCCUUUCUCAGAGUGCCAGCAAGGAUACGGCAGUGACUCCUCUUGUAACAGCUCAGACGGCGUGCUGGUCAACUUCAGCGCCAUCUACAACAAGAUGAACAACGGUGUCCCGGAGAAGCCCCCAGCCUUGGCGCCUGCCAACCUCAACAGCUCCACCGACCACUCCUGCACCUCCUCUGUUUCAGAUCCACCCGGAGGCCAGCGGGAUUCCACCAGAGGGGCUUUCUAUCUGGACCUCCACACCUCCCCUACUGAACCUCCCCAAUCACAACAACAACCCACCUGCCUCGGGAACACCUUCCCCAUCAUCCGAGAGCCACAUCCGUCCACCUCCUCGACCUGCUCCUGCUCUGCAGAACACCAAGGGGUGCUCGACCUGGAUGCCAACUGCAACUCCUACCACCCUCCGCAUUCAGUAUCGUCCGGUGAUGUCACUUCCUGCUUGCAGAGCCAGGCACGGCUGGUGGUGGCCACCCAGAACUACUACAAGCUGGUGACCUGUGACCUUUCGUCUCAGUCGUCCCCAAGUCCCGCGGGAUCCUCAGUCACUAGCUACUCCGAUGAGCACAGCAAAGGCAGCCCCACUCCCACUCAGCCCAGUGAAUACUACCUGUUCAGGCGACAUCCUGAGGAGGGUGUGGAAGAAGAGGAUGAGGAAGAGGAAGGAGAGUCAUCGAGACGAGAUGAUGAUGAAAACGAGGAGGAGGAGGAGGAGAAGAAAAAGAAACAGCAGCAGGCAAACGCAGGUGAGGUCAACCCCGCUAUGAUUGAAGGCCAGGUGUACGUCAACAUCUCCCCUCCUGUGGUUGGCCGGAGCAUUGCGGUGGGCAGGGCUUCCUCCGCCUCCACAGCAGGCAGCCGCCCUCGUUCCCGCAGCUACGACCGCAACCUGGACAAGUCCCCGCCCCCCCGGCUCGGCUCUCUGGAGCGCAUGCUGAGCUGCCCCGUCCGACUCAGCGAGGGCGCCGCCCCGGCCCCUCCCCCUCCGCCGCGGGUCACCUCCUUUGCGGAGAUUGCCAGGAGCAAAAGGAGAAAUGGAGGUGCAGGGGGGUCGCCGUCUCUAAAGGCAGGUGCAGACCCUUUCUCCUCCAUGCACUCCACCCACUCCCACUCGUCAGUGGAUUUCUCCCCGAUCCCGGAGCAGCACAUGCAGGGUGACAGCCACAGCGGCAGCCUGUCCCCUGUGCCCUUCACCCGAUGUUACAGCCAAGGCAGCGGCGAGCGUCACCCACUGGGAGCCAGGGAGACCCGAUCCAAGGCUGAAGGUGGUCUGUCCUCCUCCUCAGAUGGUCGCCCAGCGGUGGUCCGCUACAGCAAGGACCAGCGGCCCACCACCCUGCCCAUUCAGCCCUUCACCUUCCACCACCAGUUUGCUUCCAAGCCCCCUCAGCCGAAGCCUCUGCUCCCCCUACUGACAGGCUACGUCUCUGGGAUGCAGGCCCGCUCCAGUGCUGGCUCUGGAUCUGGAUCUGGCUCCGGCUCCGGGUCUGGAUCUGGUUCUGGAGGCCCGGGUGGGGAAGAGAACGAAAGCGCGGCUGAAAAUGUGCACAGAUAUCAGGGCACGUUGGCUGCGGCGGCCCCUCCUCCCGGAUCGGUUCGGCCUUCACCUCUUGGGAGCUACUCUCCGGUUCGCCUCCAGGGGGCGCCCAGCUCAGGGACCUGCUCCACCUGCACCCCCAGCCCCCAGCCCCCUCACAGUCUCUCCUGCCCGCUCUCGGCAGGCCUCGGCCCCCUGCACACGCCGUCCAUAGCAGGGGCCAAGCAGGGAGGCGGGUCAGCACCGUUACCCCCCACUCCUCCUCCUCCGCCACUGGGUGUGAAGCGUGGAGCGCCACAGCCGAUGCUGCCAGCUGUGCAGAGCCAUUGUUACCACCGUGGGACGCUGCCCAGCCUGCCAGCCCUGCCCAGCGACACACUGAGCCCCCUGGGGUGCCUCGACUCUACGAAGCAGCUGGAGGGAACCAAGGGACCGGGAGCCAGGACGCACAAUGCCCACCACCUCUCUCCUCAGGCUCUGAAAUGGAGGGAGUACCGUCGUCGAAACCCUCUGGGCGUGGAGAGGGUCUCAGGUGGCCCCUCUGCUGCCUCAUCAGCCUCCCUGUCCGGUAACCUUGAUCCCCGAAGGGGCGGGGGGCCUCGAUCUGCAAGGCGCAACGUCUUUGACUUCCCAUCAGCCCCCUCUGCUCACAGCCUGGGACGACUCAAUGGAGUGGGUCAGUCAUCCCGGCCACUGCAGCAGAGCUACAGCGACUUCCUGCCAGACUAUUUCUCCCUGACUGAGAAGCCACCGGAGGAGUUCUGCCUCUCCCCUGAUGCCUUGUCUUCCUCAUCCACCUCCUCUUCCUCACAGUCCCACAUCUCUGUCGACCUUGUGCAGAAGAGAGGUUUGGUGAAAGCUGUAAACACAGCGGUUGACCUGAUUGUGGCCCACUUCGGUACCAGUCGAGACCCUGAUGUGAAGGCUAAGCUGGGAAACAGCUGGGUGAGUCCCAACGUGGGACACCUCAUCCUGAAGUACCUGUGCCCGGCCCUGCAUGAGGUUCUGCAGGACGGGCUGAAGGCCUAUGUGCUGGACCUGAUCAUCGGACAGCGGCGCUGCCAGCCCUGGAGCCUGGUGGAGGCCUCUACACAGCUAGGCCCAUCCACACGUGUCCUCCACAGCCUGUUCUCCAAGGUGAGCCAGUACUCGGAGCUCACCAGCCACAGCAUGAGACUCAACGCCUUCAUCUUCGGCCUGCUCAACCUGAGAUCUCUGGAAUUCUGGUUCAAUCACCUCUACACACAUGAAGAUAUUAUAGCAGCACACUACAACCCUUGGGGUUUUCUGCCCCUGUCACAGGGGGCAUGUCAGCCACUGUUUGAGGAGCUCCUUCUCUUGCUGCAGCCACUGUCACUCCUCCCCUUCGACCUGGACCUGCUGUUUGAGCCGCACCAACUCCAGAAGGGCCAGGAGCAUCUCCGUCGCAAGGAGCAGCUGUGCUCUGCAGGCCAGGGCGUCGACCAGUCGGCACGCUCCACUUUCCAGCUCAUGAGGGGGUGGAGCACCACCGUUAGCGAAUCAGUGAGGGAGGGAGUCGACUCAAGAGCUGAGGGGAAGAAAGAAAGGGCGGGGCUGAGACGAGAGGGAACAUGGCCACGGAUGGAGGUGCCUGGGUCGAGAAGAGAGGGGGCAGGAGCAAAUUUAGGGUUGAGAAGAGAGGGCACAGGGAAUGAGAGUAUGAUGGCCGGCCUUGUUAGCCGACAGGCAAUGAUGGAGGUAGGGUUUGCCGGUCUGCUGAAGGAGAGGGGGAUUGGUGGGCAGAGAAUGAAAGGUGUAGGACGAGAGAGCCAGGGAGAAUGUGAGGAUGGACAGGAGAAGGACAGGAGGAAGGAAAGAGAGAGGGAUUUGUUGGAGGAGGGGCGCCAGCGGCAGGAUAGACAGGCCGGGUGGUGGUACCAACUGAUGCAGUCCUCCCAGGUCUAUAUUGAUCAAUCGACAGAGGGUUCGAAAUUCAUCAAGAGCGAGAAGAGGAAGAAGUCAUCUGAGAGACGACAGGGCCAGCUGCCGCCCACCAGAGAGGGUGUGGUGGAAGGGGCGGAGUCAAGCCAGGAAGGGGAGUGGCAAAGAAGCAGGAAAAGCAGCAGUAGCUCCAGCGUGGAGUCAGCUGGAUCCAGAGGAAGGCCGUCAUGGAUGGGCAGCCCGCCGGAGUCGGUUCUCAACCAGGAGAAAGAUACAAGAGCUCUGGAGGGGGCAGGGGCUGGGGCACAAGCUGUGGCCCAGGAGGAAAGCCCGUCACAGGGACAGAGCAUGCGCUGGGGCAGGCUCUUUGGAUCUAACGUAGGCUCUCCUUCAAGGGGGGAGGGAGCUGAACCGAGAGUAAAAACUCAAAAGAGCAGACCUCCAUCAGGCUGGCUUGGUCUGGACAGGUCUGUGCUCGACCUUGUUGCUCAAACCAUAGGAGCGGGGACAGCAAAGAAGGCAGAGCCCUCACCCCCACCCGCUCAGACUCAAACCAAUUCUGCACCACCGGCACCGCAAACUGAAAGCAAACAACAGUCUCCAUGUGAGGUCCGAGCAUUGUGCCACCACAUAGCCACCGAGCCUGGCCAGCUGAGCUUCCACAAGGGCGACAUACUGCGGGUCCUGAAAAAGGCUGAUCCUGACUGGCUGUUCUGCUCACUUGGCUCCUGCCAGGGCCUGGUCCCCAUCAUCUAUGUCACCCUCGCUAGCAUGGAGGACAGCCAAGAUGCCAGCGGGCCAGGACAGUGUUGAGCCAAAGCUGUCCCAAGAGGAACUUGAAGGCAAACAGCAUUGGAGACAGAGGGCAUCCCUGCUGCAUACCGACUACAUGGAAAACUCAGUUUUUGGCUGAUCGUGCAGAGAUUUUGGCUGGUCAAAGUGUGAUAACCACACUGAAGAUAAAACCAGAAAAAAUAAAUGUCGAAAAUUAAAAGACGCUGUACAGACACAUGCAAGGGAAGCAUGCAGGCACGAACACAAACUCACAUCUACACUCCAAGGGUACAUUCAGACAAGUAUGCAUGCAUACAUCCAAAGACCAAAAGACCAGACCAGAGAAAAAGACCCUAUAAAUACUAUGAAACACAUAGGACGGCAUUCGUUUCUCUGUGUGAAGCUGUGCUCCAAGCAUAAUUGUGUGACUGUCCUGUCUAUCCUCAGAUUUUGACAGAACAAGAAUAGGGUUACCACGAUGGUGAUCAUCACAAUAUGAUAUAUACAGUACCAUGCCUUGCUGCACUUUGCCGUACUCUGUACAUUCACCUCGCUGUGCCACACCUUGAACACAAUGCUUACCUGUCGCCACCUGGCCAAGGAUGAGAAACUUCCUUGUCCACUUGCUUACUUACUAGCAAUUGCUGUCUUCUCAUUUGUGUAGAAGCCUGUGAAUCCUUGCUUUGUAGUAAGGUUUUAGGUGGGUGGUUUGGUUAAAAAAAAAAAAAAAAAGUAAAAAUAAAAAAAGAGCAUCUUGUUAAAUUGAUGGUUCAAGUUCUAAAGGAGUGUAGUUCAGCAAAAGGCUGGCCGCUGGGCCACUCCCAUUGCAUUUUCUAGUAGCUUAUUAUACAGUAAAGUCUGUAUAGGUGGCUUUACCAUCCAAGUGCAACGAGUGCAAAGUGACCACAGUUUGAACAUGCUUCCUUUCCCUGUCCGUCUUAUUGGAUCAUCAAGGCCUAUUUCCACGGUCGCCCUCACAGUUUGUAUAGAAGAACUGAUGAGCAAGAAGAAAUGUACACCAUCUUCUCAUUCCCCCUCAUUCCCAGGUUUUGAGCGGUGGGAAAGAAACGUUUCGCCAUGGCUGGGAGGAAGCAAGAAUGGAAACUGGAUUAUUGCAUGUAACAUGGCGAAAACAGUUUGCGUCCUAUGUCCCGGUAUCCUUAUUUCACCAUUAUUCUUUACCUCCUGCCCCCUCCAUGACUCCCGUUUUCCCUUCCUUAAUUUCCAUAUUUAAAACAAAGAAACACUACAGUACAUAGCUUUUGAAGAGGACAACAUGAAGCAAAAUGGCUACAAAGUUUGGUCUAUACAUGUGUAUUUUAUCUAUUGGUACAUACUGUAAAUGCAUAUACAACUUACACAUGUGGUGAGUUCUGUUUAUUUAUUGACUAAUGCGAUGAGUUAUUGCUGAGGAGAGCGUUUGAGUGGUGAAACUGACUGAUGAAAACAGGGAAGGAUGUCCAAUGAAAGCAAAAUAUUGCUUUGGAGAUCCCUGGAGGUCUUUAUGAAUGUGUUGGGGAUUUUCCCCCCAGCCUUGCCCCUCUGAUCUGAAAUUUUAAUCUGAUAAAAAUUGUUUAGAAUUUGUUUAAUUUGUUGCAUUUAGCAAGGGGUUAAUGAUCUUGUCUAUGCCUUAAAGUGCUUGAGAAGGAACCAUAAGGGGGAAUCGCUGUUGGACACUUCAAGGUUUCUGACCUAACAUUGGUCUCGACAUAUUUUAUACACGCUAUGAUGUGUCCAACAAGCCAUUUUCCUCCGGCUUUAUGUCUACGGAUAUUCUUUUUGACCUCACAGAAAAGUAUUUGUGCAGAAAAAGAGAUUUAUGCGUGUAUUUUUUGAUGGUUAAAAGAUAGAUUAAAGGGAAACCCCAACACAUUUUGUGAUGGUGGCUUUGUGGGCAUUGCUGAGUUUGUACCUGCUGCCCCUGUCAUGUCCCGGUGUCAAAUGUGGCCUUAGCUUCAGGUUAAGCUGUGUGAUACUCAGCUGAAAACGACCUUGAAGUGCGGCUGUGUACACCUGGAUAAAAAUAUUGAGUUGUUUACAGCUUGCCCAAUCUAAAUAAUACACACUAUGAAAUGGUAAAAUGUACACUUAUGCCUGAUUGGAUGAGUGAAUGAACGAACGCUUGUGUAGUUUUUUUGCAAAAUUACACACAAUUUGACCAUUUUAAUUAUACUUUUGUUGCAUUUUUGUACAGUCCUUAUAAUUUUUUUUUUAUAUUUGUCUUUAUUUUUCAUAUGUAACUCAGCAAAAGCAAUUUAAUAUUUCAUUCUUGUUGAAUUGUAAAUAUAUUUAAAUCCUUCAGUGGUUAAUUUCUGCCAGAGAGAGCUAUAUGUAUGAAUGUAUGAUUUACUAAUGCAUUAAUAUAUCAUUUAUCACAGGAAGCAAGUAUAAGCUGUAGCUUUAGUGCUAACAUCCUGCUGACCAUACCUGUGAGUUGUGCAUCAUAAAGGAAGGCAUGGCGAGCGGCGGCUGGGGCUGCCGCUCUCCGUCCGUCCUCCAGGCAGUUUGCUGUUCAUUGACAUCCUCGGCUGUUCAGAUUUCACAUGAGACAGACAGACAGACAGCACUGAACACACAGUAGCAAUUUGACCAGAGAGAGAUAGAGAGAGGGAGAGAGAGGUGUAGGGCUAAGUGAGAAAGAGAGAUUCAUUUUUAAUUUGGCGUUCAUCUGUUAAGCUGAAAAAAAAAAAUGCUACAAGGGGUCACCUGUGGGGUUUAAAAAAAAAAAAGAAAAGAAAAAAGAAAAAGUAACGGAAAGAAAUCCUGUGCCAGAUCUGCCUCUUCUACUUUCUCUCCGCCUUGCCUGCCUCCUGCCCGGGCAGAGAUCAAGCUGUUCCUCGUGCUUGUAAAUACCUUUCAGCAUCAGUGACACUGCUCUUCUCUCUGUGUGUCCAGGCUAUAUGACGUGUACGUAUGACAUUAUCAAACUACUAUGGAUGUUAAAUAACAAAGAGCUCAUGUGAUCACAAA